AUGAGUCUUCUUCCAGACCUGAAUGCCAAUGAGGAUGAAACAUCCUACUAUGCAGACAAGACCUGGGUCCAGUGCGAGUCUCCCAGAUGUCUGAAGUGGAGACUGGUACCAAAGAGUGAUGAAACGGUGGCUGAGCUGGACCAUGGCAGGUCCUGGCACUGUCAUAUGAACCCAGACCCUCUGUUCAGCCACUGCAGCAUCCCUCAGGGCCCUUUCCCCAACAACUCCCAGUUCAAGGAACAUGGCCUGAAGGUUGUGUACUCCGGGCUGCCUGUCGGGAGCCUGGUGCUGGUGAAAGCAUGUAACUGGCCAUGGUGGCCAGCCAUUCUAAGUCCAGACCCCAACGAGGAGGAGUAUGUGAGGCUGGACAGCGAGGGUUACGUGGAGCACUACCAUGUUGAAUUCCUGGGGAAACCUCAUACCAGAUUCUGGGCUGCUGCCAAGCAUGUAGAACUCUACCACAACUCCUCCACUAAACCCAGAUACAGGAACCUGCGAGGCGCUAUGAGGAAGUCGUAUGAGGUGGCGAUGGAGGAGGUGGACAAGGUCAGGGAGAUGGGCUGUGAGGAGAGACUGCAGAUCAGCCACUUCCAGACACAGGAUUUGUUGAGUCAGGCUCAGAGGUUAAUGCAUGCUAUUGAGAGGAUGCUCAGACAAUACUCCAACCAGCAGGACAACCAGGACAAGGUAGAGACAUUUUAGGUUCUAGUAACUUCUGUAUUUUACUAACAAUCUCCUGGGUAUCCAGUAUCC